GGCCGUGAAGCCCCCAGGAGGGGAGUCCUGUGAUCUUUUUGGAAGCCCAGAAGAAGCUGUCCCUUCAAGCAGGCCUAAUAGGAUGGCGUCUGACAUUUUUGGACCAGCAGAAGGAGCUCAGAAUAUACCCAGGAGGACAAACCCCCCAGGGGGGAAAGGAAGUGGCAUCUUUGAUGAAUCGACUCCUGUGCAGACUCGACCACGUCUAAACCCGCCUGGUGGGAAGACCAGUGGCAUUUUUGGGUCCCCAGUUGCUGCCACUUCGCCCUUGGCACACCCAAACAAACCCAAGGAUCACGUCUUCUUGUGUGAAGGAGAAGACCCACAAUCGGACCUGAAAGCUGCCGUGAGCAUCCCGCCUGGGGAGAAAGGCUGCCCGGGAGAGCUGGGCCACCCCGAGGAGCCAGAGCCUGCGCCCACAGUCGACAGCCAUGAGCCCCGGCUGGGGCCGCGGCCUCGCUCUCACAACAAAGUGCUGAACCCCCCUGGAGGGAAAUCCAGCAUCUCCUUCUACUAAAGGAAGCCGCUGCUCCUGGUGGGACAAGACCCGAGGCGAGACCCCGAAAGUUACCGUUUCUCUUAGCCUGGAGGACUGGGGCAGAGGGCACGUGUGAGCCGGCUGCCCAGAGCUCUGGCUGUCGUGAUGCUGCACAGCAAACCGUGCCUUCCAGAUGCCAAGACUGGGGGUGCAGGGAGAGCCCCCUGGUGCUUGCUCACUUGUCCAGCUGUGAGAGGACCUUUAAGGUGGGCCAGGGACGUGGGGGAGGGCAGAGCAGGGUCUACCGCCAUGGCACUUCUGGGGUGGCCGAGACGCUGCAUCGGUCUGUUCCUGGCCUUGGACAGAGGCCUGGGGCAUAAGCAGAAACACAGGGUGUCUGCAUAAAACACGCUCUUCAGAUCCUUCCCCGGGACAGUCCGCGUGCCUGGGCCCUCUGCUCAGCCUCAGCGCCAGCCUCCUGUCCCCGGUAUGGUGCGCUCUGCUACCUUCUCUUGGGACUUAGAUUGCUUUGUCUGGGCAGCUCACAACAGAAACCAAAAUGUCCUCAGUCUUCCACUCCCUGGCAGGUUUUCUUAUUCUGACCCUCAGAGGUGCCGGCUUCUGCCAUCUGAAACCAGCCGGGACUCCCCCCGCCUGGCGUGGCCUCUCUCAGCCUCGCGUCUCGCCCUUCUCCAUGACGCGUGAGGUGGACAGCCCCUCCCAGCUGUUUCCUCUGACGGGCCGGCUGGCCUCUGCGGGGUCCCGGUUCAUCCGGGCUCUUCCUGUGCCUUCAUUCCGUGGCAGGUUGGCGAGAGGGGGUGCCCCAGAGUGCUGUGCUUGGCUUCCUUAAUAACUAAAACGCUCCUUUCAAAUGCCAGCUUCACAUAAACGGUUGUUGACGCUGGUC